GGGGUGGAGCACCUCUGGGUCCGCGGGGGUGGGGUAAGAAGUUUUGGGCUCACUUUGUGGUGAGGGAGAUUUUUGCUCCUCAGCCACAAAGUGGAUGCAGCUGGGGCUGCGAUGUUUCUUGCAGCUCCUGAGGUUCUCCCAGCCUGUAUCCCCUGUGGAUCCCUGCCUAAAGCCCAGGGAUCUGUCAGCAUGCCAGGAUCUUCUCUGGAUAUGAUGGGGAUCCUGAAUCCCAGCAGGGAUCUGGGGUAGAGGAUCUGGCCCUGGCAGAGAUCAGGUUUGGGAGUGUUGAGUGAUCUCCUGCCUGUCAGCUCUGAAUAGGAUAUUUGGGUCAUCCCCUGGAUGAAGAGCAGGAACAGCAGCCCCCCAUGCCCAAGGGCAGGAGUACUGCAUCCUGGACCCUUUCCUGGGCAGAGCUGUAGCUGGAAGCUAAAUACACCGUCAUGACCCAGCUUUCCCCCCAGCACAGAGGAAAUGCCUGCAGGCUUGCAGGCUCUGGAAUGCUCCUCGGCCCCAUCUGGCCCACACAUGUCUGUUCGGCGCCUUGCCUCGAGGAAAAGCAGGAGGCUUCCCAACAUUCCCCAGCGCUUUUUGCUGGCCUCGUUGCUGGGGCCCUUCAGCUGCCCCCGCUAGGCCUGCCCUGUGCCCACUGUCACCCCGAGGCCACUGACCCACGUCUCUCCACAGGGGAUGGCAUUGCGCUGCGGAAGCUCUCGGAGCUGCAGGCAGGAGAGAAGUGCUGCGUGGUGGGGACGCUGUUCAAGUCCAUGCAGCUCCAGCCCUCCAUCCUGCAGGAGAUCAGUGAAGAGCACAACCUGGUGCCUCAGCCACCCCUGCCCAAGUACAUCCAACCCUCUGAUGAGCUGAUGCUGGAGGAUGAGCUGCAGCGGAUCAAGCUGGAAGGAGCCAUUGAUGUACAGAGGCUGGUGACAGGAACCAUCUUGGCUGUGUAUGGCUGCGAGCAGGACGACGGCAGAUUCCUGGUGGAGGACCACUGCUUUGCUGACCUGCCGCCACCACUGCCCUGGAAUGGGCCCAGCUCUGACCGGUUUGUGCUGCUGGCCUCGGGACUGGGGCUGGGCAGUGUGAGUGGGGAGGCCCUGCUGAGCACUCAGCUGCUGGUGGAUGUGGUGACGGGGCAGCUGGGUGCAGAGGGUGAACAGAGCUGUGCUGCCCACAUCACCCGUGUCAUUCUGGCUGGGAAUCUGCUGAGCCAGAACACACAGAGCCGAGACACUAUCAACAAGGCCAAGUACUUGACCAAGAAGACACAGGCUGCAAGUGUAGAGGCUGUGAAGAUGCUAGAUGAGAUCCUGCUGCAGCUCUGUACCUCCGUGCCUGUGGACGUGAUGCCUGGCGAGUUUGACCCCACCAACUACACGCUGCCACAGCAGCCCCUGCACCGCUGCAUGCUGCCCCUGGCCAGUGCCUAUGCCACUCUGCACCUCGUCACCAACCCCUACCAGGCCAGCCUGGAUGGUGUCAGGUUUUUGGGGACGUCAGGGCAAAACAUCAGUGAUAUCUUCAAAUACAGCAGCAUGGACGACUACCUGGAGAUCCUGGAGUGGACGCUACUGGCAGGACACAUCAGCCCCACGGCCCCAGACACCCUAGGCUGUUACCCAUUCUACAAAUCUGACCCGUUUAUCCUCACCGAGUGCCCUCACGUCUACUUCUGUGGAAAUGCACCCCAUUUCCAGUCCAAGCUGCUCCAAGGGAAGGAGGGGCAGCGGGUGCUGCUGGUGACGGUGCCAGACUUCAGUGCCACGCAGACCGCCUGCCUCGUCAACCUGCACGACCUCACCUGCCAGCCCAUCACUUUCUCUGGCUUUGGGGCUGACAGCGAGGACGGGGAUAUGGAAGUUGGACACUGACCAUAGGGAGGGCACAGACUCCACAAGUCCCCAUUCCUCCAGGGGUCCAGGCACUCACUGCCUUUGUCUGUCCUCUGGGAGGGUGACAGAGCUGGGGAAGCACUGGAGGGACAAGAUGUUCAUACCAAUAUAACUUGAUUUAUUUGUGUAACAAAAA